GGAAGGUUCAUAAACUCAGUGUAGACCAAAGUACAGAACCAACUGCACUCUUUUCCCCCUGGCAGAUCAGACUCAAAUUCAUUAAAGAUGGCACGGAAGACCAGCAGCCUGAUGCAGACGUGCAGGCUUCUUCUCUUAGUGAUUUUAUUUCUGCCAUGCGAGAUGACAAGUUCUGUUUUAACUGUGAAUGGUAAAACUGAAAGCUAUACGCUGGACACUGAGCCUGGACUCCAAGAGUCUCUGAGAUGCGCUGUUCAAAACCAUACCAGAGAGGAAGAACUUCUCUGGUACCGAGAAGACAGGAAAGUGGAUUUGAAAUCUGGAAACAAAAUCAACUCCAGCUCUGUCUGUGUCUCUUCCAUCAGUGAGGAUGACAAUGGCAUCACCUUCACCUGCAAACUGCAAAGAAAUCAGUCAGUGUCCGUCUCAGUGGUGCUGCACGUCACCUUUCCUCCUCUCCUAAGCGGAGAUGACUUCCAAACAGCUGAGGAAGGCAGUAACGUGAAGUUGGUUUGCAAUGUGAAAUCCAACCCCCAGGCUCAAAUGAUGUGGUACAAGAACAGCAGCAUCUUGAAUUUAGAGAAAGACCAUCACCAAAUCCAACAGACAAGUGAGUAUCUUCAACUGUCAAUCACCAAAAUCCAGAAAUCUGACAAUGGAACCUACACCUGUAUUGCAAAUUCAUCUGUGGUAAUGAAGACCAAGGACUUUCACCUUAUUGUCAAAGAUAGAACUUCCACUGUGCCAAUAGAACCCAUUAUUGCUGCAUGUGUUGUGGUCUUUCUGACCUUGUGCUUCGGACUGGUUGCUAGAAGACACAGAAUAAUGAAGCUCUGCAUAAAGAAUGAUGAUCCUCAAAGUGAAACAGCUCUAUGAGAAAGCUGAGAUGCCAUCUAAUACAGCAAGAGUUUUGCAUCAGGACUUCCUUGAUUUAUGUAGUCCCAUCUGUAUUUAUUGCUAUUAUUAAAUUCAUUCCUGUCAGAUUGUCA